AACAAAAGCCACUAUUGGUCGAUUAGGUCCGAAAGGAAGUUAUUUAAUUUUCGAGCGCCCCGGGUUUUCCACCCUAAAUCCCUACUACAACUGGUCUAUAGAAGACGUCAAAUGUAGGCCACUAACACGGGAUGACUUGGCCAAUAGAACUUUUACUGCUUCGAUUCUGUUGUGUUACCACAGGUGUACAGUUUGUCUGUUCUUGAACAGAGUGGAGUGAACGACGCUGGCCAAGCUCAUAACCCGGGUUAACGUCAUGUGGGUUUUGGUUUUCUGUUACCUCUUUACAUUCGACAGGAUAUGGGCUUCCCGCCAUCAACAGAAUCAACAAGUGGACGUUGUCAGUAGUGUUUAUCAGUCACGUGUCUUGACCAUAGUUGACUGCAGAACACCAAACGGUCAAAGUGGAUUUUGCGGAACGAUAACUGAUUGUAGUUAUCUCCUCAUGGAUAUUAUCAAACUUCAACAAUCAGUUUGUUUUGGCGAGUUUCUUCGUCCUGGGGUCUGUUGUCCGAAGAAACAGUUGUAUCCGUUUCCUCCGUCCGUGUUUGCAACAACAACCACGACCACCAUUCGGCCAUUAUCGACUGACCCGCCAGGACCCGUUCUAGAGGGAUCUAGGCAAGCAUGUGGAGUAGGAGAAAGGGUUUCUAGGAUUGUUGGUGGUUUCGAAACCAGCCCUGGACAGUGGCCUUGGAUGGUGGCAAUAUUUUUACGUACAAGAAGUUCAGAAAAGUUUUGGUGUGGUGGCGCUCUAAUCGACGAUCGUGUUGUUUUGACAGCAGGGCAUUGUUUAUCUCAUCCUUUGGGUUACAGUUAUGUGGCAAGCACCAUUGUCAGGUGUACAUGCUGGGAAACAACAAAUUAUGGGCAGCUCAACACUGGCAUCUUGCAGCAAGUUUCCAUGCCUAUUUGGGAUAACGAUGACUGUAAAAAAAAGUAUACGCAGCCAAUUACCGAGGGUUUUUUAUGUGCAGGUUUUACAGAAGGUGGGAAGGAUGCGUGUCAGGGUGAUUCAGGAGGUCCGCUUAUGGUAAGAGACAGAAACAAGAGAUGGACUGUGGUUGGCAUUGUGUCAUUCGGGAGUCGAUGUGCCCAGGCAGGUUAUCCAGGUGUGUACACUCGCAUAACAAAUUACAUGGAUUGGAUAAGAGAGAACGUUGGAUUCUGACGACUUUGAGAAUACUUUUGUACAUAUUUUGUUAUGAUCCUAGAACUUAUUUUUUAAACUGAUACAAAUAAGACUUCAGUAAAUGUUUGUGUUGGUGCUGAUUUGAGUAAGCCUUAUUUUCUGUGGUAAAGUAGUGAUUGAUUUGUGUUAUUGUAC